AUGAUGUCUGCUGCUAUUGCGGAUUCUGGGUGCGUCUCGCGGAUGCAUCUCGCAAAUGCGGUUGCAUCUCGCAGCACCUCAUUCUGCAACUAUGCAUCUGCACAGAAAGCUACCAAAGAAGGCAAAAAUCCAGUGGACAUACUUGGUGUGAAUAUUGAUAAGUUUGAUGAUAAGUACUUUGCAAAGAAAACUGUGAAGAGGAAGAAAAAGGAGAAUAAUGUCUUCCUACAGGAAAUGAAGGAUGAUCAGAAAACUAUGGAUGCAGUUUUUCUACAAUCUAUCGAAGGUGUUUCAGAUUUGAAGGCUUAUCUUGGUGCCAGAUUCUCGCUUAAGGCUGGCAUGAAACCUCAUGAGCUCGUAUUUUAG